AUAUAUCGAAACCCUUUGAUCGAGCCCUUUGCUCUAUGUCAAUAAUAAUAAGAAACUUUAAAAAAAUUCUUGGCCUUGAAAAGAGAAACUUCAACAAGAGAUUCUCAAUGACCUACUGAUUGGGAUUAAUUUUGCUUCGUAUGCACGGUCGUCUGUUGCUUUGUACUCAAAUUAAAAACAUCCUUCAAAAUUUUUGUAUGAUUUUUUCGGUUUUAGGGGACUUUUAUAGGGAACAAGUGUAUGAUGGCACAUGUUGACCGACACACAAUUAUAUGCGUAUAAGUAUCUUUCCAGUAUUCCGCAAUGAACUAAGUAUAAGGAUGGCAAUAGGAGUACAAACGUGACGAUUGAAUCAUGAUUUACACAUCCAAACCCUUAUUCUAGUCAGUGAAGCCUCACAUCGAAACACCGGAGAACGUACCAUGUAGUUCUAAACUGACUCUUUGUUUGUUUGUUUGGUAGUUGAAUUUAUUUAUGGUCUGUUCGACUUUCUUAAAGAAUCACUCUUGAUUUGGCCUUUGUUUUCGAUAUUGGUUUGGUUAUCUCAAAACUUAUAAAAGCGUAUUUUAUAAUUCUACUAAUAUAUAAAAAUCUUGACGGCAAUCGAACGAAAAUAAUAAUAAUAAUAAUAAAAAGUGAAAUUGAUCUUCGAACAAAUCGAGCUCUCUGUGUAGGUAAAGAGGACCGGUUUCCCUGCCCCUCAAAGAAAAGUGUCAUCUCUCUGCACUGGUGCCUGGAAUUUGCUGAAAAGAAGAGUGAAGCCAAUGACCUCUUGACAAGAAAAUCUCUAAUCAUUUCAGCCCGACGAUUAAAAUCUCUGCAUGGUUUCAUUUAUUAUAGCUGUUCCACUAAAUUUCAGCAGUACUCAGCAUUCAAUACGCUCUUUAUAAGGAAGACAAAACCCAAAAAAAAAAAAAAAAUUGAAAAAUGAUGUCAAACUGCGUAAUGAGUUUGACUGGUUCCAGUUGAUUUUCUGUCAGUGAUCUCCCUCACUACUCAUAAAUCAAAAAGUAAACUAAGGAGUGCUCAAAUGGCAAGGAUCCCACGCAUACACUUUAAUCACGUAAAUGGGAAUAAUGUGCAGACUAGACGGAUAAUCAACCUCAGAGCGACAUGAUUAUGAGAAAAAUAAAGUGAGGGGAAAAUGAAAUUUCCUGGCUUUGCUGACGAGCCGUGGCGCCACGUGACUCAGAAAAGGAGAAAGAGAGAGAAAAUGCCGAAACUCCUCUCGCUGACUUUGGUUCCUAUAUUGACUACGUAAUAAAGUUAAAGGUUGAAGGCAAUAAAAGGGUCAGGUAGAUGAGUGAGUGUAAAAAUAAAGUGGCUCCUCUACUUUCUAGCCAUCGCGUAUAUAAGCAGCACUCACAUGUAGUGCUAUCAUGUGAAAGCUUCUAUAUUGCAAAGUUUUGCCUGAAAACAAAAGGAGGGUGAGACAGAGUGGAGAUUGCAGCCAUGGGAAGACCUCCUUGCUGUGACAAAGUUGGGAUCAAGAAGGGCCCUUGGACGCCUGAGGAAGAUAUCAUCCUUGUUUCUUACAUCCAAGAGCAUGGCCCUGGAAAUUGGAGAUCAGUGCCUACUAAUACUGGGUUGUCAAGGUGCAGCAAAAGUUGCAGGCUGAGAUGGACUAACUACCUCAGGCCAGGAAUCAAGAGAGGGAACUUCACACCUCAUGAGGAAGGAAUGAUCAUUCAUUUGCAGGCUCUUCUAGGAAACAAAUGGGCAGCCAUAGCUUCGUACCUACCACAAAGAACAGAUAAUGAUAUAAAGAAUUAUUGGAACACACAUCUAAAGAAGAAGCUGAAGAAAUUUCAAGCAGCCUUGGACCCCCACCUUGUGUCACCGGACUCUACCUCUGCUCAGUUUGUAUCCAAGAGUUUUCACGACAGGAGUACAAGUUUAGAUAUGAGCAGCACUUCAUCUCUUAGACUUGGUCAAUCACAGUCUCAGACUCAGACUCAGACUCAGUCUCAGUCCUCCUCCUCCACCUAUGCCUCAAGCACUGAAAACAUCUCACGCCUCUUGCAAGGUUGGAUGAGAUCAUCCCCAAAGACAGACACUAGUCUUCUCCAAGUAACCAAAGACAGAGAGCUUCAAAGCAACAACAUUAACAGCUUCGAAAACAGUAAGCCGAUGGUGAAGUCAGCAUCAGUACCUGCUGCCUUAAACUUUGCGUUCUAUCAUCAAGCCAAAGAUGAGCAAGAGGGUGGAGAUAUGGUGUCCCAUGAAGAGUUUGAUUCCAUCUUGUCGUUUGAGAACCUAAACAAUGUUGCUUGGGACAAGUCCACUUGUGAUUCUGUGCCUGACAAGAGUUCUGAAGCUGCAAUUGACAAGGUUCAUGAUAAGCAGAGAUCAGAUAGCUGUAGUGCUCCUCCAUUAUCGUAUCUUGAGAAGUGGCUGUUUGAGGAAAAUGUGGGCCACGAAGAGAUGAUGGAACUAUCCCCUAUGUUCUGACACAGCAGCAACAUAAGAUCAAUCCCUGAUAAUUAUUCUGGGGUAUGACAAUUCAAAAACAUGACCAAUCAGAGAGGAAAGGACGGGAGAAAAGAAAGGAAAAAAGUUAGGAUUUUUAUUUUAUAUAUGAUGAGGGUCUUCUAGUUAUGGCCUCUCUCCUUCAACAUGUAACUUAGUUUAUGAAUGAUUUAUCUCAAGCAAGCUUAGUGAAUUAAUUAACCCUGCUCACUGCCUUGUAAAAAAACUAAAUGUUUACUUGAGCUUGAGCCCAAAUAAUAAAUAAUUUAUUGAUAUUC